AUGAACGACGAAUACGACCUCAUUAUAGUUGGGGCCGGCAUUCUUGGUUGUGCUGCUGCUGUAGCGUUCGCGAGACAAGAACGAAAAGUCUUACUUAUAGAAAGGGAUUUAAGUGAGCCUGACCGUAUAGUAGGUGAACUUCUUCAACCAGGAGGUGUAUUAGCACUUGAAAAACUCGGUCUUGCAGGAUGUCUCGAGAACAUUGACUCAAUUUCAUGCCAUGGUUAUAUUGUCUUUCGUGAUGGCCAGUAUGUUCAUGUUCCUUAUCCUGACCGCUCUGAUGGACAGCCUGGAAGAGGACAUACAUUUCAUCAUGGCCGUUUUGUUAUGAAUUUACGGAAAGCAGCUGCAGCCGAAUCGAAUGUCACAGUUUAUGAGGGUACAGCUAAUGAAAUAAUUUUAUGUCCAAUAACUGACUGUGCAAUAGGAGUUUCCUGCUCCAAGAAAGGGGAAAGUGAAUUCACGAUUAAUUUCUAUGCACCACUGACGAUUAUUGCGGAUGGAUGUUUUUCCAAGUUUAGAAGAGAUUUUAUACCUAAACAAGUCACUGUGAAAUCGAAUUUUGUUGGGUUUGUAAUGACAGAUUCUCAACUUCCCUAUCAAAAUCAUGGUCAUGUGGUGCUCGGUAAAAUUUCUCCUAUAUUGAUGUAUCAGAUAAGCACGGAACACACAAGAGUCUUAGUUGACAUUCCCGGAAAAUUACCAAGUAACGGAUCUGGUGCCUUGAAGACGAAAUUCUAUGAGGCUUUAAAUACAGAAAGAUUGCGCUCGAUGCCAAACAGUUUUCUUCCGCCAUCUACAAAUGUCCAUGGAGGGCUUAUUCUUUUAGGAGACGCAAUGAAUAUGCGUCAUCCCCUUACUGGGGGAGGAAUGACUGUUGCAUUCAAUGAUGUUGUAAUGCUUUCUGAACUACUUCAUCCCUCGCAAGUUCCCGAUUUCUCUGAUAUCGAGCUAAUCCUGUCAAAAAUGCAAACCUUUCAUUGGCGUCGAAAGAAACUCAGUACUGUAAUUAAUAUACUCGCUCAGGCACUCUACAUGUUAUUUAGUGCAAAAGAUGAAAAUCUAAACAUUCUAAGAGAGGGUUGCUUCAAAUAUUUUCAGCAAGGCGGAAGAUGUGUAUCGGACCCAUGUCUUCGAUUCUAUCUAUUCCACAAAACAUCGUUAAAAGUUUUAUGGUCCUUUACACCGCCUGUUCCGUGGCAUUCGAUUUUCUCCACCGGAUCUCGAGAUAUUGAGCCCGUACGUGAAACUACUCGUUAUUACGGAUUUCAUUAUUUUGUAUUAAUUGCGAACUUUUACAUCAAUUACGAAUGA